GAGAGAGAGAGAGAGAGAGAGAGAGAGAGAGAGGUGAUUGGUUUCACGGGUGAAAUUGGUUUCGGAGGAAGAAUGAGUUUGGAUGGAGGUAGUCGUAGUUACCAUGGCAGGCAGUGGUGGUUGGUUAGUAAUGUUUCUGGUGGACAGCUAGACAGAAUAGAGAUAAGAGUUUUAGGGUCUUGUUUUCUAAAAAUGCAAGCUGAUCUGUAAAGGGUAAGGUUGGUAUUUUUAAAAAACGAAUUGCUUACAUCAUAAACACUAUGAUGUCUCAUUAACGACUGGGGUAGUUUGUUAUAGAUAACCAAAGUAGAAUGGAGUGCAAUAUUAUUUCCCAUCCAGUUGUUAUUUGACCAAACCUCUGGAUAUAAUUUACCCUUUGAUCUUUGUCGUUUUGCAUUGGACGCCCAUGGAUUGUAAUUUUAAUGUUGGAGGCAAACUUUACUUGUGAAACAGGGUAGAUGAGCUUACUUCUGGCUGUCUUGAAGAGAAGAAGUUAACAGCUAAGCUGCAGAUUGAUCUAGAAAAGCAGGAGCAUCUCAAUGUGACUUUCAAAAAGGUUGUUGAUAAAUUUUAUGAGAUCAGACAACAUUCUCUGAGGCCGUUUGGGAGUACUAGUUGGGAAGAUAAAUGUGAAUGCCUUCUGCAUGAUUCAUCAGAAAUGUGGAGCUUCAAUGAUGGGGAAACUUCCACCUCCAAAUACACCAGUGCUCUAGAGGAAGAAGUAGAGAUCUUAAGAAAAUCUGUGGAUAAUCUUCAAAACAAGCUGCGGGUGGGAUUGGAAAUUGAGAAUCACUUGAAGAAGAAGUUUUGCGAUUUGGAAAAGAAAAGAAUUCUUUCAGAAGAAAAGGUCAAGAAGUGGAUAGCAGGGUUACUUCAUUACCAUUCUCUGCACAGAGUUCACAUCAUGAACCUACUUGAUGAGGGAUAUUUGCAUCUAAAAUCAACUAUCAAUUCUGUAGAAGAAAAGAUCAGGCAAAUUGAUAUCAGUGGAGGACAAAAUUUAAAAUCUCCUCCAGUAGAUGUAAAGUUGCCUGAAAGCGAAUGUCGAGAUGUACAUAUAAAUACUAAUGCUGAUUUGAUCACAAAGGGUAAUGUAACUAGCUUGCCAAGCACUGUUACCGUCAGAACUGGCGAUGCAUCAACAGCCCUUGCUCGGGCAUUGCAUGAGAAGGUUGCGGCAUUGUUGCUUCUAUCACAGCAGGAGGAAAGGCAUUUGCUAGAUAGAAAUGUGCAUGCAGCUCUUGAAAGAAAAAUGGAGGAGCUUCAGCGGAACUUACUACAAGUUACAAAUGAGAAGGUAAAGGCUCUUAUGGAGUUGGCACAGUUGAAACAGGAAUACCAUUUACUUCAAAAGAAAGUGUGUCAAGAGACGAAACAAGGAAAACUUUUGACGGACAUCGGACAGAAAAGGAUUGUUGCAGACAGAGAUGGAAGCUUGAUAAAUAUUCUGAAGAAAACAUAUAUGAAACGGUGGAUUGGUACAGUUUCUAAUGAAAAUGGAGCUGAAGCUGACCAAAAUUCUCAAGGAAAUAUUACCAAUAGGAGGUCUAAUUACAGCAUGGAUUUUGCAAGAAUGAAGAUAGAAAAUGCAACCCUCAAGGAGAGCUUGGAAAGUAUGGAGCAUCUGACUUCUUCGGUUCGUAGGCUUCGCCUUGCGCUCUUAAAGGUCAAAGUGUCAGUUGCUUCUGAGGAUACUGCUGCUGGCAUGUUUGAAGCUCUGGACAAUAUUGUUACCGAGGCAAAACUAGUCAAGACUGCCCUUGGUAGCUUCCUUCCUGUCAGUUGGUCAGCCGAGGCAGAUGUUGGUUCAUUAGGUGAACGUUUUGACGAGAUGGUUGAUGAUGGCGGCGACUCCAGCGGAGAGAAGGUAGAUUUUGUUUCUGCUGCAGGAUUUGAAAUGGUGGAGCUCCUGAUCCUUGCAGCUCAAAUAUUGAAGGACGCCAAAACAAAAGGUGGCUUCAGUAAUGCUGCUGUUUGAAAGCUAUUUUAUUUGGUAAAUGAUUCUUUGUACAGCUCUUAGUAGCUAAUCCAUGUUAUUUAUUUUUUGGGUUGCGGAGAAUUUGUGCAUAUGUUGUUGUUUGUAAGUUUGUAUUCUUUAGAUUGGAAUCCAAGAGUCAAGUGGAUGGUGCAGGAUCGAUACUCAAAUACCCUAAGUUGUGGAUGAAUGAUCGUUUGUUGUACAGUGAUAUUACUAAUGGUAAUAAGCUAAUUUGAUAGCUGCUGCUUGAGAACAGGGUGACUCAAUGCAAAACUAUAGUUGCUGCUGCA